CUCAGUGCCGGCUCCCGCAGUCCCGGCUGCCGGCGACCGGCUUUGCAGAGCGGAAAAUGCGGACGGCAAGAAGAGGAGCGAACAGAGGUUGGCAGUGUGGGAAGUUGGAGCAACCCAGCUGGAUGCGACCCCCAGGACAGAAUGGUGCUGGACUCUGGGGCUCAGGUGUAUGAGCAGGCACCCCUCAGCCUGCUUACCAGUCCCUUGUCCCAGAGCCAUAGGCUGAAGCCCUCAGACCGAGAUGGGCCACCCCUGUGCCCCUGGCCUCAGUCGCUGGCUGUGCCUCUGGCUCUGGCGGUGCCCCCAGCACUACAGCCCCAGACUGAGUGGCAGACCUUCUCAAAGCAGCACUCGGACCACCGUGGCCACAUGCGUCGUAGCGAGAGUACCUGCACUGUAAAUAGUGUUGGUGGACGAGGCCGUGGCACCCAGGGACGGGCCUUGUCUGGACGAGGACUGGACCCAGGUGGAGGCACCCUGCGGUCUGCAGCCUCCCUCCCCCACAUUGCUAAGACUCGGAAAGAUGCCAGUAAUGGUACUUCCAAGAGCCCCUGCAUGCUGGUGGCUCUUCGGCCAACCAAUAUGGACCGUGAACGGAGUAAGUUCUUCCAGUCCAAUUACACCUACAAUCCACAGUUCGAGUACCAGGAGCCCAUGCCCACAGCUGUGCUGGAAAAAUACCGAGAAGCCUCGGGACAGUUCAUCCAGCAGGCUGUUGGCAUCAUUGAGGCUGUUCUGGAGAAGUUUGGCACCUAUGAACAUUUUGAGGCCUCCACUGGUGGCCAGCUGCUGACCAAGUGCCAGAUUUGGUCCAUUGUGCGCAAAUACAUGCAGAAGGAGGGCUGUGUUGGGGAGAUUGUGGUACAGCUGAGUGAGGACCUGCUAUCCCAGGCAGUGAUGAUGGUGGAGAACAGCCGACCCACACUGGCCAUCAACUUGACUGGAGCCCGCCAGUAUUGGCUGGAGGGCAUGCUGCGGCACGAGAUAGGUACCCACUACCUGCGGGGCGUGAACAACGCUAGGCAGCCGUGGCGGAGUGCAGAGGGCCGGCUGCAGUAUGGCCUUCGGCCCGCCAACCCCACGGAGGAGGGCCUGGCCAGCCUGCACAGCGUGCUGUUUCGCAAGCAGCCGUUCUUGUGGCGCGCAGCCCUGCUCUACUACACCAUCCACCGCGCGGCGCACAUGUCCUUCCGCCAGCUUUUCCAGGACCUGGAGCGCUACGUGCAGGACACCAAUGUGCGCUGGGAGUACUGCGUGCGGGCCAAGCGGGGCCAGACUGACACCUCCCAGCCUGGCUGCUUCAGCAAGGACCAAGUAUACCUGGAUGGCAUUGUGCGCAUUCUGAGGCAUCGCCAAACCAUUGAUUUCCGGUUGCUGACCAUUCUGGGCAAGGUCUCCUAUGAAGAUGUGGACCACCUGCGGCCCUAUGGAGUACUAGAUAAGACCCGAGUACCUCACUUCAUGCAGGACUUGGAACGCUACAGGCAGCAGCUAGAGUAUAUCAUGACCACCAACCGGCUGGAUGAAGCAGAGCUAGGCCGCUUGCUGCCUGAGUGAUGUUGGUUGAGGGCACCAAGCAGAAGCCCUGGACAGAGGUCUCUGGGUUGGUCCCCAGAACACGAAGCUGUCUGCUCUGUGCUUCCACAGCCUAGGUGUUUCUUGUGGGCAUUGGGAGGACAUGGAGCAUCCUGGGAGGAUAAGACAAUGCCUGAAAGUUUUUGUCUCACUAGCUUUACUGAGGCCUAUGGGCCAGUAUCAGCAUGUCAGGCAAACGAUUGAACUGAGAAGAGGCCUGGGGGCCAGAGGGGAGCUGAGCAUCCAUGGGAACAUGGGGUAGUUUGGGAAUAGAAACACAAUUCUUGCAUGAGAUGGCUUUGGGUAUCCUGUACUCCAGUCUCUUCCUCCACCUGGCCCCUUGGUGCUCAUUCAGCAUUCAUGCUGCCUACCUCUCACUGGGUCUUAGUGGAGGUUGGGAGUAGGGUUAUUGCUUGUGCCUGAGGUCCUGGCUUCUAUACAGCCUCAAAGGGCAGGGGUUCUGGUAGUAGAGACCCAGCUGGUCUGGGGUUUGCUUUUAGCAAUUUGCCUCUUUUACUGGUCAUGUAUAUAUUCCAUAUUUAUGUGCUCUGCUUCCUGGAGUUGGAAGGGACAGGCCACUCCUGGAAAGUGCCAAUUAUUCCAAGCCCCACUCUCG